AUGCAGAAUUUAAGUUCAAAGCCCCACACUGGCAGAAUAGAAUCAAGGAAUCUUACAAUAGGUUUGGUCUACUUAUCACAGACUCUCAUUGGAAUACUUGGGAAUUUUUCUCUCAUUUUUUACUAUGCCUUCCUUUCUUUCACUACAUCUAGAUUAAAAUCUACAGAUUUGAUUCUAAAGCAUCUGAUUAUGGCCAACUCCUUGCUCAUACUCUCUAAAGGAGUUCCCCAGACAAUAUCAUCCUUGGGCUUGAAAGAUUUCCUCAGUGAUCUUGGAUGCAAAAUUGUUUUCUAUGCUCACAGAGUGGGAAGGGGUGUGUCUAUUAGCUCAACCUGCAUUCUCAGUGUCUUCCAGGCCAUCACCAUUAGUCCUAUGGACACCAGAUAUGCAGGAUUUAAAUUCAAAGCCCCAAGAUAUGUAGGCAUCAUCUGUACACUCUGCUGGGUUCUGUUCAUGAUAGUAAAUAUAAUUGUUCUAAUGUACGUGACUGCCAAAAGGAGCAAUAGAAACAUCACUAAUCAAAAAGAUUUGGGAUUUUGCGUGGGUGCUAAUUAUGGAAAGCCUCAGAAAAUUCUACAUUCAGUAGUAUUUUCACUUCCUGAUGUUCUGUUUAUGGGGCUAAUGAUAUGGAGUAGUAGCUUUAUGGUUUUCAUCCUGCUCAGGCACAAGCAGCAGGUACAGCAUAUACACACAACCCGUGUUUACCAAAAAUGCUCCAGUGUAGAUCGAGCUACAAAAACAAUCCUUCUGCUUGUGAGUACCUUUGUCUGCUUUUACAUGAUUUCCUCCAUUACACAGGUAAUUAUUAUUGUGAAUAACAGUCCUACCUGGUUUCUGGUGAACUUAGCUACAUUAUUUGGUGCCGGCUUUCCAACUGUCAGCCCCUUUCUGCUAAUUACCCAAGACUCCAAUGCAAGCAGGUUCAAUCUUCAUUGGAUAUUGACUAGGAAGUCCUCGCAUCUUAUAAGGAGCAUGUGA